AUGGCUUUUUGGAACAAGGUGACCCCCAAAAAAGCACUAGACUGCUACGAAAAAGCAUUAAAACUUAAGCCUGACUAUGCCAGCGCCCUCAAUAAUAAAGGCAACGCUCUGCACAAGCUCAGUAAAUCACCUGAAGCAUUAAAAUAUUAUGAUGAGGCCAUAAGACUGGAACCUGACUGUGCAAUUUAUUACCAUAAUAAAGGGAACACUCUCAAUGAUAUGGGCAGAGAACUAGAAGCAAUAGAGUUUAGUAAUAAAGCCUUGAAACUUAAGCCUGAUUUUCCACAUGCUUAUAUUGCUAAGUCUUCUGCAUUUAUCAAAUUAAAAAAAUAUCUUGAGGCAUUAGAAUGCGCCAAUGAAGCUGUCAAGCUAAAGCCUGAUCUCGGAGAAGCUCACUUUAUGAAGGGAAAUGCGCUUUUCGGGCUUGAAAGACUGCCUGAAGCAGUUGAAUGCUAUAAUGAAGCAGUCAAACUAAAGCCUGAUACUAGUAGAGCUUAUUAUAUGAAAGCUGUAAUUUUAGAUUCUUUUGGGAAAAAACUUGAAGCAAUUGAAUGCUUUGAUGAAGCAGUCAAAUAUAAUCCUAAUGAUUUAGAUGCGCACUAUUAUAAGGGCACUAUUCUGACUGACUUAUCCAGACAUGAAGAAGCAAUGAGUUGCUAUGAUAAAGUAAUUAUGCUUAAGCGGGAUCAUAUUGAUGCAUGGAAUAGAAAACUUUUUUCACUCAGACAGUUAGGCAGGCGUAUGGAUGCAAUAAAUUUAGCUAUAACUAUGACACUACAGGGACUUGGCAAUCCACUAUUGGAAGAACAAAGAAGAGAAGAAAUGGCGAAUUUCAACAGGUGCUAUAAUACAGCGAUAGUAGCGCAGGCAAACCGUCUUAUCAAUAAUAUGCAGAGAGGAACUAACAGAGAAAAUAUAGUCAAUGUUAGCGAAACAAUAAAUCAAGACCAUGACCAACUACAGCAGGCAUUUAUUGGGCUGAAAAAAAGUGCUGCUAAAUUUAAAGAUGAGUUCGAGAAACUUAAAGCUGCUGCAGAAACCAAUCAAGAGUAUCAGGAAGAGGUUAAUGAAAAAUCUGAAGCAGUUGAAAAGCGGUGUUCCAAAAUUUCACAAAAAGUAAAUAACAUUCUAUGCCAAGAAAACAAUGAAUCAAAUGAAGAAGGGAGGCAAGAAAUUCAACAACUCAUUGAAGAUAUAGAAAAAUUUAAAAAAAGGACAGAAAAAAAAAUUAGCCAUUUAAAGUCUUCUAUGGGUAUAGUGGAGGAGCAAAAUACAAGCGAGGUGGAAACAGGCUCAAAUGAAAUUAAAAAUAUACCUGAAAUAGAAAUUGGUCCAUCGAAAAUGAGAAAAUAUUGUGGAGCUCUACAUGAAAGACUCUUUAGUGCCCUUAAAGAGGCUGAAAUUAUUAGUUCUGAUGAAAAUUAUGACUCAAAUUCUCAAAACUCUAAUCAUAAAGCACUUUCCCAAGCAAUAGAAUUAGCCCCUAUUCUCGCCAACGUGCUCAAAAGUGUUUAUUCCUUUGAAGCUGACAUCCCAAACAUCAAUAAUAUUAAAAAGCACGCAAUAAAGCUUAUCAACACUCUCGGCUUAAAUCCAAGCGCACGAGAAAGCGUGAUUAAACAAACAGUAGAAACUGCUGCCUUAAAUAAUAGGGAUAAAAUCAACGCCAUAGAAGACGACCCUGAAAUAGAAUAUUGAUUAAAUUAUGGAAUUGCUGCUAAGUGUAGAAGUUUUUUUACAAUAAAAGAGGUGAAUACGUUUUAUCAAAAUAAACCUGAAAUAUUAGGCUGCAUUGAUGCUAUGAAGAUAAUUUAUGCAAUUGAAUGCGAUAAAGUUCCAAGAGACUUACUUCCAGAUGAAACAAUAAAACAGCUUGCUUUGGUUCCUGGGUCUUAUAAAUUCUCCAAAGCUAAAAGUGCAAGCUCAAAUUCAAGCAAGAAUGCAUGCUGCACAACUUUUUAG